AUGACCAGCCCCCCAGGCCCGCAAUAUCAUCACAACAACCAAUCCCGCCAGAAUAAAAACACCUCAGCGACAUUACGGUACUUGCCCUCACUUCAACCGCAAACCGCUUACCCGCACGGACCUCUCAUCAUUUUUGCCUCGCCGCUCCGGCUCUCAAUGCUCUCAUGA